AUGAACAUGCUCAAUGAUUUAUUAAAUUUUCUGAUUCAAUCACCGACAGCACUCUAUCUGACUGUUGGUGUUUUAGGCUUAUGUGUGGGUAGCUUUUUAAAUGUGGUCAUUUACCGCACCCCCAAAAUGAUGGAAAAAGAAUGGCGGCAGGAAUGGCAUGCAGAAUGCCAACUACUGGCAGGCUCACAACAGAUUGUGAUUGAUGAAGAAAAGCUCAGUCUCAGUCAACCGGCCUCUACCUGUCCCAAAUGCAAAACCCCAAUUCGCUGGUAUCAAAAUAUCCCCAUCAUCAGUUGGUUGGUUUUAAGAGGCAAAUGCGCUUCGUGUCAAAACCCGAUUAGUAUUCGUUACCCAUUUGUUGAGCUUUUAACUGCGGUGUGUUCAUUAACAGUGGUUGCUAUUUAUGGCCCUACAUUACAAAUGGUAUUUGGUGUACUACUGACUUGGGUACUGAUCACGCUUACUUUUAUUGAUUUUGACACUCAGUUACUCCCCGAUCGUUUUACCUUAACUUUGGCGGCAAUGGGUUUAGGCAUUAACUCAUUCCAUUUAUAUACAACAGCAAGUGCUGCAAUUUGGGGUUAUAUUAUUGGCUUCCUGUGUCUUUGGAUUGUCUACUAUCUAUUUAAAAUAGUGACAGGCAAAGAAGGCAUGGGCUAUGGUGACUUUAAGCUGCUUGCUGCACUUGGCGCUUGGAUGGGGCCAUUGAUGUUACCGUUAAUUAUCCUAUUGUCUUCUGUAGUGGGUGCGAUCAUUGGUAUUAUUUUACUUAAGAUUCGUAAAGAAAAUGUGCCUUUUGCCUUUGGUCCUUAUAUUGCAAUUGCAGGAUGGAUUGCAUUUUUAUGGGGUGAGCAAAUUAUGAAAGAAUGCGCAAUGACGUUUAUCUUGGGUUUAACAGGUGGAAUUGGUAGCGGUAAAUCCGCAGCAAGUCAGUGGUUCGAAACCCAAGGGAUUACAGUUGUUGAUGCUGAUAUUGUUGCAAGAGAAAUUGUUGAAAAAGGACAGCCCGCGCUUCAACAAAUUAAAGACGUUUUUGGGGAUUGGGUACUAUUAAGCAAUGGUGAACUUGAUCGUCGUGCAUUGAGAGAACAUAUUUUUAAAGACCCAUUAGCACGACAACAACUUGAAUCAAUUACCCAUCCUGCGAUUCGCACUGAGAUUAUUCAACAAUUACAAGCAGCAACCAGUCCUUAUGUAAUUUUGGUUUCUCCCCUGCUUUUUGAGACCAACCAACAUGAACUCACCCAGCGCUCUCUACUGAUUGAUACCAGUGAGGACAUGCAAAUCUUACGUGCUUCACAACGAGAUGGCCAAUCCAUCGAACAAAUUCAGAAAAUUAUUGCAGCUCAAAUGCCACGUCAUGAAAAGCAAAAAUUAGCAGAUAAUAUUGUGCUCAAUGAUGGGCAUAUUGAUCAUCUAUACGCAAAAUUAGAGUCUUUACAUCAACAGUAUCUAAAACAGGCACAGCAGUAA